AUGGAUUGCUUUCGCCACGAAAUAAAAGAGAACUUGGAUAGUCUGCAAGCAACCAUCAGCGGCAUUGAAAAGUCUCUGGAGCAAGUUUGGGAGCAUAUCGAUGAUCAUACCGCCGAGCUGAAAGCCCACAAAGAUGUUAAAGACUCUAAACAAAGGGAAAUUGACGAGCUGAAGUCUGAAUUGGAGAAAACAACGCUGCUUCUUAAUGUGGAAAAAGAAAACAUCAUUGCCUUAGAGAACUACACGCGUCGCGAAAACUUGAAAUUCAUGAGUCUACCAGAAGAUCGCGGAGAAGAUUCUAAAUCUGUCGUUCCCAACUGGCAUUUCCCAUUUGCUGAAGCUGCAUGCUCAGUAACACGUUAUUCCUCCUUUGCCGCAAUCUGGCGCCUCAAAUCUUUCAUUUUCCUGAAGCCCAAGCUCGUCAUUCCUGAAUUUACCUGUACCGUGCCAAACUAUCCAGAUGUCAGUGUUUCAAUCCCUUGGAGUUCUGUGCCUGCCAUAGAAGACUUCUGUUUGACACUAAAGGUCCAAGAGCCUCCAAGCAUUGGCCCCAACAAAGAAGGAAUGUUUGUUGGUCCAGUGCUUCACAUAUCACCUUCACACAAUGUUGAACUUUUGGAACCAACAAAAAUCAAGAUUCCACUUACUUUCUUCAAGGGUAAGAGAGAACUGGUAAAUCUGCACUCUGGUGAGUGGAGAAUAUUGCACUAUUCAAGAGAAAAAUCACAAGAAUGGACUGAAAGUACGGAUCAGUUGGUGAUGCCGCCAGUUCUUGCAGAUGGAAUAGUGACAUUCCAAGUCAAACAUUUCUCUAGGUUUUGGCCGUGGUGGUUAGACAAGGCAUUUGAUAGUCUAUGCAAACAUGCUUCUGAUCUGUACAAAAGAGCUAUGGGACAAAACGCAGGAUUUUUGGCUUGCUUGUGUAAUGAUGUGAAACCUACCGACUUUCUUCUGAUUCUGAGCUGUUUUCCAAUUCACUUGGGAGAUCAAGUGAAUAGGCGCAUGUCAACAUAUUGUGUGAAUUUUCAAGGCGAGGGAACCUCAGAGAAACCACUCUGUACAAGAGAGCAAGCGUUUGUAUCUUUCUCAAAGGCAUUUACGCUGCUUCAAAGUGGGAAUAAAGAGGAUCUCUACGUACGGUUUCUUGGAGAUGCUUCAUUUCAGAAAAGUUGGCGUGUCAGAGUUCGUGAACUAAGCGAUCUACAAGUAGACGUUUUUAAAUUGUACAUGUAUGAUGACCAGGAGGAAAAGGAAAUGUUAUGUAAAUUGCACAUUAUCCCGACAUCUCAGAGACAGAUAUGUCUCUCAGGUUUGAUUAUAAAUGGUCCUAAACGAGUGGAAGGGCAAUUCAAUGGCAAUGGAAGUUAUUCCUCAGACAGUCCAUUGAAAGUUACAAUCCUGGGAACCAGGUGGGGUUUUCCACGUUUUGAUACUUCAUUCUUUUCCCAAGAGUUGGCUAUUCAAUUGGCAAAAUUUCCUGAGGUUAAAGUCACAUUCCUGGUCCCACAAAAUUCAUGCAGCGAAACUGAUAAGAGAGCAGCUGACAGUGAUGGUGUUACCAUUGCUGAAGUAGAGAUACAACUAGGUCUUGAUGACUCCACUGAUUGGUUACGUUUCCCACCACAACACCUCACUACUGACAUUGUAGUUGGUGUAGGUGAAAAGCUUGGAGGAGUUGCACAAUGCUUCAAGGAACAACACCAGUGCAAAAACAUUUUUGUGUCUUCUGAACUUUCCGUUGGUAAGUCAGAAUUGAUUUGUCAACUUAGUCGAAUGGCUGAUCUUCCUGUUAGUAUUGGACCCAAGUCGAGUAAGAUGUCUGAUGAGCUUUCUUGUUCUCUUCGUAACGACGAGAAAGAUCUUUUCAGUUUCACUCCAGGUAUUCUCAGUGGGUUUUCUAAUGUUAAACAUGCAACUUCUGAUGGAGCAAACUUUCGCAUCGCAAUCACUGGCAGUGGAAACCCUGAUGAUAUGGAACGAGAGGGUCUUUACACUGCUGCUAAAGCAGUGGCAGAGUUGAAGGACAAAUCCUACCACCUUUUGUAUGUUGGUGCAGCAAACGGGAAGCAUCAGCAAUUUGUUAAAAACUUUGGCGAGUGUGGCAUUUUUAAAACUCAGCUAACCAUUCGAAGCUUUGCAAAGGAUAAAGAAGAGCUGAGAAGGAUGUUUUGUGGGGCAGACCUUGCCAUCAUGCCUUCAAGUGAACAGGGAUUUGGAAUGACGGGUCUUGCAGCAUUGUCUUCUGGUCUGCCUGUCCUGAUACACGAGGAUUCAGGAUUUGGUGAAGCCCUGAAUGAGGUCAAAUUUGGAACAUCAUCCACAGUGGAUUCUGAAGAUGCAAAUGUCUGGGCCAGAGAAAUCAAGACGAAGCGAAAAACAGAGAGGGAGAUAAGGCUUCACGAGGCCGCAUCACUGCGUUCUCAUUAUGGUGAGAAGUACAGCUGGGAAGAACAGUGUAGAGAUUUGGUUCAAAGGAUGUUGACCAUGGUCUCUGCCCAAUCAGACCAGACUUCAUGAAAGGAAAACUGGGUAAAUUAAUGCCCAGGGUGGUCAAUCAAUUAUUUUCAAUAAUCCAUUCAAUAAUCCAUAAUUAAAAUUGUUGCCUUUAUAAUAAAGACUGGUCAUGCGACAGCCUCCAGGUGUUGGCACUCAGUGUGGUGUACAUUUAGGGCACAUUUUUAUUCAGUAUAAUGCAAGUUAAGCUUGACUUGUUAUUCAAGACUACAAGUAGAGUGGUCUUGUAGCACAGUUUUCAUAACCUUAAGGUGUCGGCACCCAGAGUGGUGCACAUCAAAGGCGUGAAAUGUUUAUUAUAAUAUGAGUUUUCAAUCUUGACUUGUUGUUUAAGACUACAAGUAGAGUGGUCCUGUAGUACAGUUUUCAUAGCCUCAAGGUGUCGGCACCCAGAGUGGUACACAUUGAGGGCAUAUUGUUAUAAAUGACAGUGUGUAUAAUAUAAAGCGGCCUUCACACGGCAAACUAAAGUUAGCAAACUAGUGUUGGCAAACUCAAGUUGGUGUGUGUGAACGACACAAAUACAGUCGGCAAACACGUUGGCAAACUGUUGGCGACAAAUAGAACUUGCCUCUAUUCUCGCCAACUUUUUCACCAACUUUUCAGGGUUGGUAAACUCGUAUCUGACGUGUGAACGGUUGGCAAACAGGUUUUGUUGACUGUCAACCAAUCAAGACACAGGCUCUGUUCACGUGAUUUAUUUGUGUGACACUUCACAAAAUGGCGGACGCAAUUUAAGAUGAACAUCAUGAUGAGGCCACUUUUAAAUUUAUCAAAGAGAUUGACAAUUGUCCGGCUGUGUGGGACGUUUCAUCUGUAGCCUACAAAGAUACUAAAAACAAACAAAAGAGAAUGGAGGAGCUAGCGGACAAACUGGGUUUCGUCCAAACCUUUUUAUAUAAUAAUUAAAUGAAUGCGCGCGCUCUGAUUGGUCUAUCAGCUAUGGUUUAUUGUGCC